CACAGGCCACUUUUUAACUUGCUACCUUUAUGACCUUGGGAGACCAAUUGCCUGUUGGUUUCUAGGGUCGGUGCUUGGACAGAAGGUCUCGGGUUCCCGGACUGGCAAAAGGGCAAUGGAGGCGGCAGAGACGGUGGUCCUCGACUGCAGAGGAGACCAAAGAUGUAACGCCAGGCCAGAUGCAGAUUACCCCCUUCGGGUGCUCUACUGUGGAGUCUGUUCCUUGCCAACAGAGUACUGUGAAUACAUGCCUGAUAUGGCAAAAUGCAGGCAGUGGCUGGAGAAGAAUUUUCCAAAUGAAUUUGCAAAGCUUACCGUAGAAAACUCCCCUAAACAAGAAUCUGGCAUCGGAGAAGGUCAAGGAGUAAUCGGUGAAGAGGAAGAAAAGAAAAAACAAAAAAGAGGUGGAAGGGGUCAGAUAAAACAGAAGAAGAAGACGGUACCUCAGAAAGUUAUGAUAGCAAAAAUUCCCCGAGCCAAGAAAAAAUACGUCACACGAGUAUGCGGUCUUGCGACUUUUGAAAUAGAUCUUAAGGAAGCACAAAGGUUCUUCGCUCAGAAGUUUUCCUGUGGAGCCUCAGUCACCGGGGAAGAUGAAAUCAUCAUUCAGGGAGAUUUCACAGAUGACAUCAUCGAAGUGAUUCAGGAAAAAUGGCCCGAGGUGGAUGAUGAUAGUAUCGAAGAUCUAGGAGAAGUAAAAAAGUGAGGUUCCUUUUGAAAAACCAGCGACUCAAGUUCCUGGCUUUUUUUUUUUUUUUACAAACCCCUAAUUAUAGCCAAUGUAGCCAAAGUGGGGUUUUUGUGGGGCUUUUUCUGAUGGAACUGUUGAAGAAGCAUGUUUCUUGAUGGCAUUUUCACUGUUGCGUAUUUGCUGCUUUUUAUUUUUUAUUUUUCAUCUGUGAUUUUUGCCAAAGUUUAAACUUGGGGGAAGUGAGAGUAUCAUGCUUCUGCUCGAAACAGAGAUUUAAUAAAAUAAAGAAGUUACUGUUCUUC